UUUCCGGUGUUAUGGCGACCACCGGCAACAUCUUCUCCUCAGUCUGGGAAAAGCAGCCUGUGCAUUCAGAGUGCUGUGAAGAGAGGCGACUGUUUCACAUCUCUGUGUAAUUCUGACUAUGCUGCUCUUGGUAGCACUUGGCAUAGUUUUCUCCCCUUUUGUGGUCACCAUUGAGAAGCCUGAGAACACCAACCACAAACCACCACCAGCACCGCUGCUCAACUACAGCAGGAUCUCCCUGCCGCCAGAACACGUACCCUGCUUCCUCUCCAACAACAAGAGGGUCGCCAAGCAAUGCCGUCUGGACCCACUCUGCCCUUUUAAAGAUGCUCUGCAGGAUCUGUCCGUCUGUUGGGGUUAUGAGAAGAACUGUGAUCCAAGGAAACGCUUUAGCUACCCUGUCUGUACCAAAGCUGACUCGGGAUGGGCUCGUUCACUGGAUGCAGCCCAGGAGCUUUUCUGGAAGCAGGCUGAUUUUGGCUAUGUCAAAGAGCGACUCUCUGAGCUCAAAACACUCUGCAAGGCCAGCAAGCCGGGAGAUUCAACAUUAAGGUGCAGUAGUCACACUAGAUUUUGUAAAGCAACAAAUCUUUACCUGGACUUGCGGAAACCACGCAGAAGUCACGAGAGGUACAAAGAGGACUUCAUUCAGGAGGGUGAGAUUGGAGGACAUUGUCGACUGAACAAGCGAGCACUUGCUGCUGAGGGAGAACACAAGAGCCCAUUGCAGUCUUGGUAUGCUGAGCUACAGACAUACAAGGAGCUGGACUUCGAUCCUAUAGAAGAUGGACACUGUGAUAUCGUAAUUGAAAAACCCACUGUUUUCAUGAAACUAGAUGCUGGGGUGAACAUGUACCACCAUUUCUGUGACUUUGUCAACCUCUAUAUCUCCCAGCACAUAAACAACUCCUUCAGUUCUGAUAUAAACAUCAUCAUGUGGGACACGAGUUUUUAUGGUUAUGGAGAUCUGUUCAGUGAAACAUGGAGGGCCUUCUCAGAGCAUGACAUCAUCCAUCUGAAGACAUAUGACUCGAAAAGAGUGUGUUUCAAAGAUGCCUUCUUCUCCCUUCUCCCAAGAAUGAGAUAUGGCCUUUUUUACAACACACCUCUUAUCUCUGAUUGCUACAGUGAAGGUAUGUUUAGGGCGUUCUCCCAGCAUGUCCUCCAUCGGCUGAACAUCCUACAAGAUGGGCCAAAGGAGGGGCGUGUUCGUGUCACCCUGCUGGCACGCAGCACAGAAUACAGAAGGAUACUAAACCAAGUGGAGCUGGUGAAUGCCCUCAAGACUGUGUCUUUACUGGAGGUCAGUCUGGUGGACUACAAAUACAAGGAUGUUCCCUUCCUGGAGCAGCUAAAGAUCACCCACAACUCUGACAUAUUUAUAGGGAUGCACGGGGCUGGUCUCACACACCUCCUCUUUCUCCCCGACUGGGCUGUCAUAUUUGAGCUAUAUAACUGUCAGGAUGAGAGCUGCUAUCGAGAUUUGGCUCGGCUGCGGGGCAUUCGAUACGUGACUUGGCAGAAAAUGGACAAAGUGCUCCCACAGGACAAGGGUCACCAUCCCACCCUUGGAGACCAUCCCAAGUUUACCAACUACUCCUUUGAUGUGAAGGAGUUCAUGCGCCUUGUAUUGGAAGCAGCCAAUUACGUCACACACCAUCCAAAAUGGCAGCGCCGCGUCCUUCACGAUGAACUCUAAAGUCUCUGUGAGUGGCGGCGCUGACACAGACAUCUGGCUGCUGGAAAACUUUUAACUCGAACCUGCCUUUUGUUAUGAUGAACAAGACCUCUUCACACUGGCAGAGUCAUUUUUAAGGUAUUUUUUAAAAAAGUUACCUCAUUCACCAGUGAAUCUCUGUCACCCGGGGGGUUAUUUGUCACCUCCUGUCCGCUACUUUGUUAGGUCUGGAUGAGUGAAAGCAGCAUGGCGGACGGCUCCAGUUUGAAUAGCUUUCACUAGCUCUAUUAGUGUCAAAUCAGUUGAAGGACUAGGCGUGCGCAAGUUGAAGCAUCUGGAGAGUAAUAAGAUGGAUCCUAUGUUUCUUCAUUACCUCCACUGCGUCUACUUCAUUCCAUGUCGACAAAGCGAGCAAAUGAGCAGCUGUUACGCCGUUCCUUCACAUGCGACAUCUUGUCCCAUUUGAUCAGUGUCACGUUGAUGUGAGCCUCUUUAGAGUUGUUGACAAUCACACUAGAGUUUCUGAGCAAAGCCAGCAUAAAUCAGUCGGGUUUGAUGGGCAGUGGACACAUGCUGGAUUCACACAUGUAUUUGCAAGCUUUCCUCGCACUUAGUCUGAUGAAUAGAAAUCAUGUGGUUUGAAGUUAUACCCAUCUCAAACAUGUAGAACUUUAAAGCAAAAGAGACAGAAGGUAAGUAAGUCUCCCCUACUCCCAAGUGGGAUUUUCUUUUAUCAGUAUUAGUGUUAUUAUGUUUUCAAAUAUAGUAAUACCUUUAGACGCAUUGUUAGUAAGUACUGUGAAACAUGCACUCCAGACACAAGGACAAUAUUUUUACUUAACUGAAUAUCAGAAAUAUUUAAUAGGCUUUUUAUAUCUUUUACUGUUGCAUUCUUAUUUAAUGUUUACAUGGUUUUCUUCCAUUUGUCACCUUUAAUAUUUAAACAUGUUUUUUGCUGGUUUGAUGGAAUACCUUUUGAUACAGAUGCCUGUUUUAUUAUGAAUUCCUUUCGGCGUCAGUAUGGUGAAACAACGAGGGUGCUGCUAUUAUCUAUUACCUUUCCUGGAACCUUUCUAAUGCUGUUUGUGUAACACUUGACAAUAAAUUUGGCUGAAAGGGAAUGAGCACAAGUUGCAUACAGGAUAAUGCAAUGCACAGGAGUAUUAUCAGCAAUGAGAAGAUCAUUUUCGUAUUUCUUGGACUCUCUGUGAGCUUGAUGUUUUAUUUAUCGGUGAAACCGUGUUGAACUGAGUCGGACCUUCUUGGUCAGGACUUUGCGCAACUUGUAGGCGAUUUCAUAUUCAAGAGCUGUGUAAUAUUUUGAAAUAAAUAAUUCUAAAAAAUG